AUGUCAGUCUGUGAUGAAAAUGAAAUAGAGGAUGAAGAACACUUCCUGCUCAAAUGUAAACUCUACACAAAUGACAAUUUAUUUGAAUGGCACUUCACAGUUCGUGGUCCGUCAGACACAGAAUUUGAUGGCGGUAUAUACCAUGGCAGAAUAACUUUUCCACCAGAAUAUCCAAUGAAACCACCAAGCAUAAUGUUAUUUACACCAAAUGGUAGAUUUGAAAUCGGUAAAAAAAUAUGUCUUUCUAUAUCCGGUUAUCAUCCAGAAACAUGGCAGCCAUCUUGGAGUAUUCGUACUGUUCUCUUAGCAAUCAUCGGUUUUAUGCCGACACACGGACAUGGUGCUAUCGGAUCACUGGAUUAUACUCCAGAUGAAAGAAAAUUAUUAGCAAAGCGAUCGCAGGAAUGGAAAUGUAAAGAUUGUGAUAUAACAAUGAAAGGUGUAUUAAAAGAACCAAAUCCUCAUUCCACCACAACACAACAAGAAAACCAGGAAGCACAGCAAUUAGCAGCACAGAUCAACUUUAAGGAAGAGACAAAAAAAAAUGGAUCAACAUCUACUGAUAGCACUCAAUCUGCAAUACAAAAUCAGCCUAUUCCUCCAAAUGCAUUGGCUGCUGCUUUUCAACAACAAUUACAAAUGCCUUUGCCAUCAAUGUUUUACAUGUCACCUCAGUUCCAAGCUAUGUUACCUCCAGGCAUGCAGCCAUCUAAUUUGCAACAACAACAACAACAACAACUGCAGCAGCAGCAGCGUCCAGAACAAGAAAACCAUAGACAAAUCACAAACAGCACUGAAACUGACAACCAACAGAAUUCUGACGUAUCAGUACCCAACAGUCCUGAAGGAGAUGCAACUGAUAUAAGACGACGACGACGACACCACAUACAUCAAGAAAGAAGAGAGACACAAACAGUGUCUGGAAGACAAGACAGGUCUAGGGCAGAAGUACAUAUACCUAAUAGGCGACAACAAGGAGAUAAUACAGCUGUGGGUGCAAUGGAGAAUCCAAGAGCAACUAGUGGCUCUCUAGUUUUAAUUGUUAUUUUAAGUAUAGUCAUUGCUAUUCUGAUGUUAAGAAGAUUGUAUAUAACAUAUGAAUACAAGUUUGAUUAUGAUUUGUAAUUUGUCAUCCAUCAACAGAAGACUAUAUUAAUAAAGCUUAUUAUAUUUUAGCAAUGCUAA